CGAGGAGUUGGGUGUGCACGCCAGUCACGUCUGUGCCGUCAGUCGGUUCGGUUAUAAUAAUUGCGUGCCAUUUUGAGCCGAUCUUCUCGACUUGUAUAUUUUUGUUUCUUGGUUUUUUCCCGCUUUUCUAUUCAGUUUGAAUCGAAACAGUUUGAAACGUUUUGCUUAUCACAACAACCAUGUGGCAAAGGUUUUGAUCGCCAAAUCGUGAACGGGUUUUUACUUCGUCACCACCCGAAAAUCUCGUUUGAUUGGGUCCCGUUGUCUUCGACUCGGAUUAUUGGCCGCGUGAUGAUAAUCACGCAAGACGAUCAUGUGAAGGAAAAUAGGAGAUCUAGUAAUAAUGAGUUGAUUUAUUAUAUUUCCGCCCCCAAUCCGAUUUGUAACCACUGAAUAAGACCCAAUUAGCGGUUAUAUAAUAGCCAUCAGCCUCUAUAGAUUGUGCGCGGCUAUAUAAGACUCGGCUGUGAUCACAAGUGUCGGGAUAAGAAACUGUGCGCACACAGCCCCUGAUGAACUUACUUCCCGUCCGUCGCUCCCAUCAUCGACAGCAUCAACAACUUGCAUCGGAAACUUGUCUAAUAAUCAGCAAAUGGAACCGUCAACGGCGGCCAAUCAGCCUUUGAUCGAAGGCAGCCAUUUCGGCGCCGCCGCCGCCGCCGCCGACAUCUACGACGACCGUUCGUUAUUCCGCCGACCCAAUUGUCACCCGGCUACUUUCCUACUCAACGACCGUCAAGCUGCCGUCGCCGCCACUGUUUACACAAUAUGUGCAUCUUCGGUUACGUUCUUCGGCUACUGUUUUUUGGCCGUCGCCACUUCUUAUCAAGCCAAACACAUGGCCGACGUUUACUGGGGUGUGCAAGCCUCUUAUGCGGCCAUCAUGAUGGCCGAGCUGACGUCCCUCUGUCUUUCCACCACUCUGUUGAUUGCAAUUUAUCAGGAAAAUUGUUCGCUAAUGGUUCCGUGGGUGUUGGGCUUCAUUGGUUCCAUCUCUCUGGAAGCCCUGGCCAUAGUCUACUCCAACGUCCUUCGUGAUCAUAUCAAUCAGGGCUUUGAUCAGUUGUGCCACUUUGAGAUUGGCGUCUUCCUAUCGAAAACUUUCAUCAACAUUCUCGUUAUAGGAGCAGUAGUGCGUCUCUACCGACAGCUGAAGGACGGCGCCACAUGGAGAGUGAGCGAUAUUUACGAAUUGUAAUGGCUGCCACCGCGCCAACGCCAGCACUCUCUCUCUAAUAGCUCCAUUAUCUGAUUGCCCGAUUCUCCAUUAUCUUGUACAUUUCCAAUAUUGAAUGUUGUGUAACUAAAUAUAUUUCUGCGCUCUAUUAAUCAUCAUGUCUAUAAAAAAAAGAAUCAUCUUUUUUUGCUACGCGAUAAAUGUGCUGGUGCCCGCUUUCUAUCGUCAUAUUUCACCUAUAUAUUAUCAAUAGCGAAAAUCGAAAAUAUACUACGACAUGUGGAAAAUAAUAUUAUCGUUUACGUUCGCGACUCUUAUAUAUCCGGCUGCGCAUAUAUAAUAAUAAUAACGCGGGAUAUCGUCACAUGUUUUUUUCCUUACCCUCGUUUAUUUCCCAUCACAUAUAUGCACACAUACCGCGCCAAACUCUGUUAAAAGUAAAAUUUAUAAUUUACACUCUCUAAAUCCUAUAUCGCAGCGCAGCAUGUUACCCAGCACGUACUCUCGAUUUCCGCUGGAUAACGGCGCCAUAUCACGUCAGAAAAAUAAGAGAAAUAAUGGAUGGAAAAAAGAAAAAACGAGAAGCAACUUGUUAUAUUUCUACAGACAAGAGUGUCGGGA